ACAUUAGUACAAUAUAUAUCUGUCAAACGGGGAUUUUCUUGUUGGUUAAUUUGUUUUCGUUUUCAAUUUUGUGUUGUUUUUUCAAAACCACUAAGAAAAAUGGCCCGUUAUUUCAAGGAACAGGAUAUUGAUGAAUUCCGUGAAUGUUUCUAUCUGUUUGCCCGGUCAGGGCAAAUUACAUCACUGGAUGAGCUUACUGUGGUCAUGAGGUCUCUGGGAAUGAGCCCAACUAUACAGGAGUUGGCUGGUUAUCUGAAAGGCAAAGGAGGAAAGAUGUCGUUUGCUGAUUUCCUGGAAGUGAUGCACAUCCAUUCCCGAGCUGAAAAUCUACCCAAUGAGGUAGUGAAUGCAUUCAAAGCCGGCGACACAGAGAAGUCUGGCGUGAUACCAGCAAAACAGCUUCGCAAUCUGCUGCAGAACUGGGGCGAAGGCCUAUCCGCUAGAGAGGUGGACAAUAUAUUCAGAGAAGCCAACGUCACUAAUAGCGGUACUGUUCGCUAUGAAGAUUUCGUAAAGAUCGCGUGCGCUCCCGUCCCAGACUACUAUUAGAUUUUCGUAUUUGUAAUACUAUUUUUGAAUAGUUACGAUCGUGAGUUAACUGAGAAAAGCUCUAUACAGUAAGCAUGGUAUGCAACAUUAGUUUUUUGCCGGAAAUUGAACCUAAUAUACACGCCGCCCAAAGGAUUAGCAAACUGAAGUGGCAGUGGGCAGGUCGAAGAACCGCUGGAGUAAACGUGUUCUAGAGUGGAGACCACGUCUAGGCAAACGUAGUGUAGGGCGCCCUCCAGCUAGGUGGACUGACGACAUCCGCAGGGUGGCUGGCAGUGGUUGGAUGAGAAGACAAUUGCACGCCACUGAGCUCGAUGGGUGCGCAAGCUCGAGUAGUCAGUUGGGUGCGUGAGGUCGCCGCAACGCGCAAGGUGCUCAUGAAUAAGAGUCCCGUUAUGAUUUGAAACUUGUAGAGCUAUUCUCAAUUAAUUCACCUAAGUCGUCAUUUUCAAUGAAGUUACUAAUACUAGUUUUUAUUAUCGGCUAUGGUCGCGUGAAAUAACCUUCUAUCCUUCUCAGUAAUUCCCAACUACUUGUGUAUCCAUGCUA